AUGUCCGUACACAGUGCCAUCUCGUCUUUCAUUCAGCAAAACCCAGGGGAUGUUUCCAUUUCAAUACUGUCAUGCGUUGUUUCCUGCCUUUCAGAGCCUGGAGUUGCCUCCAAUCUUGUUGAUCAACAUCGCCCGAUCUGCUGCAAAUUCAUGGAGCACUUGAUCAAUGUCAUCAACGAUGGCACCAAGAACCCUGGUGUGCGGCUCAUGGCAAUGGAGUGCAUUUACACACUGUCCGCCAUCCCCAAUGACAAUUUCCGCCGUGGGGAUUUAUUUGAUGCAGUGCAGAAACUCAACGAAUCCUUUGAGGCCUUCCUCGAGUCACAGGCACCCAACGAGGCUGGUGACGCUGGCUCCCUGAACGAGAUGCUCACAAUAAUACUCUUCCGUUGCAGCGGGUACAACCGCUUGAACGCUGGCGAUUUGCUUCAGCAGAUUUUCAACGGUGACGACACGCGACUGGUGGCCGCUCUGCAAUCCAUUAUAAAGAAUCGAUCCCUAGAGUGGGAUAUUUUGCAUGCGUGCAUACGCUGUAUGUAUCAGUUGACAACACCUGCAAGUUACUUUGCUGCUCCUGAGGACAAUCAACCCAUUGAGACGACAAAAAUAAGCGCAUUUCAAGAUAAAGUUUCCACGUUAUUGAUCCAUCUUUCGCAACAAAAUGCGUUGCAUGAACUAUUUGUGGAAAUUGGGUCGCGCUGGGAGGCCGCAGUACAAGAGUUCCAGCUUGAUUCUAUCAUAGAAGGAAAGACACAGCUGUCCAAAGCGUUGCUUGAAGGUGUCACAAUGAAUUUUGUCAUGGUAUUCCGCUACCUUUCCGUCAUGUUGCUGAAUGUUGCGGAUUUCUGUGAACGGAUGGAUCUCGUGCACGCUUAUCAGAACUCCUUUACUGAGCGCCACCAAAACUUUCUAGUCAAAACCGCCAUUCCCUUUAUACGCCUCGCCGUUCGCGGCUGGGAGGCCACUCGCGAUCCCGCAGCUCCUGCAGACUCGCAGGAGAACCCUUACAUGAAUGUCGCCAUCACAGCGCUUCGGCUUUUGCGUUUCGUGCUUUACGGGGCGUCAAGCCCGGUGCCAGAGGAACCACUUGCAGCGGCACUCGCUUCGCUCACACAGCAGGUGCACUCGAUGGAGGAGCUCUUACGAACAGAAUAUGUGGGUAUGCUUGUGCUCGUCCUCACAACGGAAAUCCUGUGUAAUGUGAACGCCGCUGCGAUUCCCACGUUAGCGCCGCUCUUCACGAAAUUCGUAACUACUGUAGUGGAAGACAAGAGCCCCCUUCGCCCGGGAGCGCAGUUCAACACCGCCCAAGCCUUCGCAUAUUGCAUUGCAAAUGAAACAUCCACCUACUGCAUGAAUGAGAAUGAAUCCGUUAUCUUUCUCCGUGAUAAGCUUCAGGACGACGACACGGUUGCUGUCGGUCAGGCGGCGGUUGCGAUUCGAGCUCUCGAGGAACAGCUCACUGUCCUGCAGUCGCUCAUGAUGGAGCUAGCAAUUGGACAACUUCUGGGGGACCUCUGCCUACUUAUUCCCGUUGGUCCUGGAGGAGAGCAAGCAAGACCGCGCGCUAAUUGGGGUGCGCCUCCCAACCUAUGUGAUGAAGCCGAUACCGAGAAACGGCGCAAAACGGGGGACAAGAAGAAGCGAAAGCACCCACAGGAAUAUGUUUGCAUGCUUACGAAGAAACUCAUGCGCGAGCCCGUGUUGCUGAGCAACGGUCAUCGGUUCGAAUUGGACGUGCUGCAGAAGGUGGUGGACCGCGUUGGACAUGUUGAUCCGCUGACCGGCGAAGCCUUCACUGAUGAAAUCAGCGUCGAUGCGGGGUUGCAGCAGGAAAUUGCGCGGUACCGAGUAGAGAUGGCAGCACGCGGGGAUGCCAGUGCCGUGGCGUGA